AUGGAGGAAUAUCCUCCGCUUGCGUCGCUCUCCUUGACGCAUGUGCAUUAUAACCCGGAAGACCGCAUUUCGUACCUAUGCGCCUGGCUCGCCCUGGUCCCGCAAGGGCUAUGCGUCGUCUACGCGACCCUGAUAUGGUCGAACCGCGAGAUCGAGAUCAUGCUCAUGUUUGCGGGCCAGCUGGCGUGCGAAGCCCUUAAUUGGUGCUUGAAGCGGUUCAUCAAGGAGGAACGGCCGCGAGAAAUGCAUGGAAAGGGCUACGGAAUGCCAUCGUCACACGCCCAAUUCGUCACCUUCUUCUCGCUCACGCUGACCUUUUUCCUCCUAUUCCGGCACAGCCCGCAUCCCACCGAGACGCACACGCCCUUUACCUUCUUCCAACGCCUCGUGCUGUCCGUCCUAGCCCUCGCCGGGGCCGCUGCAGUAGCAUCUAGUCGAGUCUAUCUCAACUAUCAUACCCCGAAGCAAGUGUUGGUCGGAUGCUCCGCAGGCGCCAUAUUCGCCGUUGUCUGGUUCCUCGUCACUACGUAUCUGAGAAGAGCUGGUUGGAUUGAGUGGGCACUAGAAACGCAGCUGUCGCGAUUGUUUCGAGUGCGGGAUUUGGUGAUACAAGAGGAUCUGGUCGACUCCGGAUGGGCACGGUGGGAGGAGAGGCGGAAGAGACGCGCUUUUCAAGUCCAGGGCAAGAAGAGCAGCUGA